AUAUACGAUACAUGAAAACUAGGUCUCGCAUUGCUCAUCGCCUGCCGCAAUGUUCCCGAAGUUUGGUAUCUUGUUUUUGCUCCUAGCAGGACUGGCUCUUGCAAGAGAUAUUCCACAGGUACCAGUGCAGACACUCACAUCACCUACACUAGCACCAGCGAGCGCAAUCACCCCCGCCCCACUUGCACACGAGGAUGUUUUCAAAAGAGCGAUCGGAACAUGUGGUUUUAUUCGUGGUGACUCAGCGUCGCCUGUGACUUGCGGAGCAGGAUACAACUGCGUCACAACCAUCAGAGCUCAAUUCGCAUUCGCAUGUUGCAACAACAUAGAAUGCAUAAACGAUUGGAGCAUUUGUCGUCCGUUUGGCCAAACAGACUGCAUGGGCAACAAUCUUCCUGACGAUACCUGCUCACGGAUCUAUGGGUCGAUACUCCAAUGUUCGGAAGCAGCGCCCUACUGCGUUACCUACGCGCGUAGUUCUACUCUCAGCGAUUCAACCACUUUUAUCUCGUUGACAUGCGGGACAACAUCGGAAGACGUUCUGCUCCUUGCGACGGUGACAAAUGGCGCAAAGCAAACUGCAUCUGGCACACCCGCCCAGGAAACCGAGAAUGCAGAUCCCCUUGCCGGCUUCCCAUCCAUCCCAGAUUUGUCGCCGACCGGAACAACGUCUACUCGCAAUACCCCUGCGCCUACUGGUUCAAGUUCAGACGGACCCGCACUGAGCACCAGGUCGAUCGUCAUAAUCUCUGUGGUUGGCGCUGUGGUACUUCUGUUGGCCGUGGCAAUUGGAUGGUGUUGCUGGUGCAGGAGGAUAAAGGAAUGGUGGCGCAACAGAAGACAGCGCAAUGCACUUGCGAUUGAUCCGGCCAGGAUACCGCAAGCGCAUUAUCAACCAACUAACUAUCAGCCCACUAAUUAUCAGCCCACUGAAUCGGGAAUAAAUUUGUGGAGGAAUGCAACACCGCUUGGCGCGAGCCCUGAUGUUGCUGCGUCUGUGAAUGGAAGUGUUUACGGUGGAAGAAGCGUGAACGGGGCGGCACCGAGGCCGAUGAUGACGGUGAAUGAGAGGUAGGGUCGGUCACUGCGUAACGAGACAUGCUAUGUAGCGAGAUACCUCUUUUCUAGACUUUCAGAUUCUUUGUAACGUAUAUACCGGAGGCUCAGUUGUAUUUUCUAAAGAGUAGGUUUGAAUACAUGGCCGGGGUGUUGGAUUCGCUGAUACGACUACUAGCAAGGAAGGUAGCCUGCCACUAGUUUAGCUCACAGCCAAGAGUCUGUCGACGUUUGAAUCAACACAAUUUGCUUCAUCUAGAACACC